AAAUCGAUACAAUACAAGGGGCAAACUGAAGGGACCACUGGUGUAAUUUACUAAAAAUUAUUCAACAAGAAUGCAACUUACCUCGAGUAAAGGACUAACUAUAUGAUUUCAUAACAAUGUACAUUUCACCAGUGUAUCUGGUUCUGUUCAUAAUCAAGCUUCCUUUAUAUGUGUCAUUUAGAUGUCAUUGAAGCCCUUGUAAGAGCAAACCCAAAACUAAUCAAAGAAGCCGAUCACCAUGGUAUAACCCCGCUCUACUGCGCAGCAUUUAUGGGAGACCACAGGACAGUUCAAGGAUUACUUCAACUUGACACUGACAUAGCAUACAUGUCCAAUAAAGAGGGCCUAUCACCGUUUCAUGUUGCAGCAUAUAGAGUCCAUACAAAUAUAAUUAAAGAGAUCAGUCGAUAUUGCCCCGAUUCUGGAGAAUUGUUGGACUUGAGAGGCCAAAACAAUCUUCACAUUGCUGUCUUAGGUGGAAAAUUAGGUGUGGUUAGGCACAUUUUAGAAACAACAGAGCUUGAAGGGCUUAUAAACCAAGCUGAUAAUGAUGGAAACACACCCUUACACUUGGCUACCAUAGAAGGAAAAAGUUGGAUAGCACGUUAUUUAAUGUGGGAUGAUAGAGUAGAUCAAAGAGCCAAGAAAAACAUUGGCCAAAAAUCCAUCAACAAUGAGUCAAGUACAGAGCCAUACUUGAGAUUUCCAGUGACAAUCGAGGACGGAGUAGCAACUAUUGACAAAAUGAGAACUUACAAGCAAAUGGGUCACACCCUCUUAAUGGUUGCCACACUAAUCGCCACCUUCACAUUUGCAGCUGCUUUCACAAUUCCCGGAGGCUUCAAUAACAACGUUGGCCCCGAUCAAGGGCAAGCUCUUCUGCAAUCGAGCCCAUACCUUAAAUGGUUCCUUGUUUCGGACUCCAUUGCUAUGAGCAGCUCUGUGGUUAUAGCUUGCAUACUCUUCUGGGGAGCUAUUAUUGCCAAAGAAAACUAUUUUUACUACUUUGCUAGUGCCACUAUGCUAACACAUAUUGCACUGUCUUCAACUGGUAUCGCCUUCACGACAGGAUUGAUUGCUAUUAUGCCCAAUCAGACUUUUGUUCGUAUCAUGUGUUAUAAUAGCUUUAGUUUUCCAAGUCGGAAACUUUCUUCUUUUUUUUGCUUUCUGUUCUUGAUUUAUAUGCUUUGUAGGAUCAAGACCAAAUUUGUCAAAAGAUGAAUAACAUCUCUAGCAAAUAUGCAUACAUCUCAAAUUGACUUUGUUUCAGCGAUUUCUACGGCCAGUAAGGUCCAAUUUUUUUGUUCAGUCGAAGAUAAUAAUGACUCUACCGCCCCAUUUUUUUGUGGAAGCCAAACAGGACUAUGAAUGGUUUUUGUCCUCUUAAUCUUAAGAGAAAAGUUAGGGAUCAUGAAAAUUUUUUCACGAAAAUGAUCAUGAAAGUGCUAUGAUCUUUGAAUUACCUUGAUUAGUGCGUGGUGCUUUAUUCUAAGUGUAAUCCAAGGGUCACAAAACUUUCAUGAUUAUUUUCAUGAUACAUAGCAUUGCUCUAAUCUUAAUAUUGACAACUUGCUGUUUAAAAGUUCACUUUGACUGGACUUAAUAAACAUUUUCAAAAUAUACUACACCAUGAAAGAACUUCAAGAAUGAAUGAAACAUAAACAAGUCUCAAACCUCGGAUGCUCCGAUACCCGUGUCCCUAAAUGACUAACCCCCUAAGAGCCUUCAACUGGCGAUUUUGGGUUAAUAGUCUGUGGGCACAUGAAAUUCAAAGAUUGAUAAAAUUAUGAGUUUUUUUUUAUACUUAAUAGUGAAACAAAAAACACAGCAAUAAUUUAUUAGUUAUAGAACUAUCAAAAAGAAAUAAAAUCUAAAAGAGUUUACUUACAUAUAAUUUGAUCUUGUUAUGAAGCUUUUCACCAAGUUCAUUACUUGGGCUCUCAUAGAAUGUCACGAUUAGACUAGCUAGCUAGUUUGAAAUUUUGAAUACCACCACAUUGUUUGGUUAAUGCAGAGUAAAAGAUAUAUAAGAUAAGAUUUGAAGGAUUAUUUACAACCAUUGGAUUGUAUUGGGAAGAUUCCAAGGAAUGAGAUUUAAUAGUUCACUGUCUUGAGGAUUAACAAUGUACACAUAAUUGCAAAACUAUCCAAAUACGUGUUGAAUUGAGAAGAAUUGGAGACAAAAUCUAAAUAGUAAGCUCCACACUUCCUGUAACAACCCCGACCUUUAAUUAACGUUAAUACAAGAUUAAAUAAGUCUAAUCAGUAAUUAAGGUGAAGUUCUGAAUUAAUUGCAUGUGUGUGUUGCAUGAUUGUAUUUAUAUCUGUUUAUCGUAGAAAUAUCAAUUUCCGUUUCUGUUUCGUUUUGCGAAUUGAAGGCCCUAUCAGCAUCUGAUCAUGAAAUUGACUUGAUUUAUGUGUUAGUUGGAAUUUUUAGAACAUUAUGGUAAGUUUAAUUAAAAUUCAAUUCGGAACGAUUAAAUUAGAAUAGUUUAAUGUCUACUUGAUUAGUUUGGUCAACAAUUUAAUUAUACUAUUAUCCAAACCUAUAUAAGGCAGUAAUUGUACCACCACUCAACCUUUUUCCUUCAUUUCAAUACACUUUGAGCCUACACAAGCAAACAAACGUGAGAGAGGGAGAGAAAUGAGAGAUUUGAGUUUAACCAAAGGACUUGCAAGGAAUUGAAGAAAUUGGACUUAGAAACUCAAGAAUCAAGCUUCUAGCUCUUAUCUUGACAAGCCUAGGUAAAAAUUCAACCCUUAGGCUGAACAAUUAUGAAGUGUAAGACAUGAA